GUGAACCGAAGUUUGAGGAGAGGCAAAGCUAAAGCCACCUCCGACGGUUCGACCUCACGCGUUUCUCGAGGAAGACACUCCGUCUCUUCCUUUCCUACUAUCCCCGAUCACUUAAUUGGGGACGCUAUGACGGAUGAAGAAUUCGACCAGAUUUAUUCUGGUAGAGGGGAAGGAAAUCUCCCCACUCUUGAUAGUGUAUUCGAAGAUCUUGAUGAAGCACAUCUGGAUAAUCUGGACGGGGACGAGGAGCCUACACCGCAGAGCAACGACGUCGGCGUGGAGGCAGGUGAGCCCGAGACCUCUCGAGGUCCGGAUAAAGGUAAAAAAAAUAUAAAUCAGAUUUAUUUGUUUAUCAUUUUGACAAAGACACAAAAGAUGGCGUAGUUUAUGUGGAUUUUGACGUGCUCGGAUGGUGGAAGCGGAACGAACACAUGUUCCCAUGUCUCGGCAUGCUAGCAAGACAAGUGUUAUCCGUUCCGGUAUCAACCGUAGCAGUUGAACGAGAAUUCAGUGCUGGCGGCAACAUUCUAACCGACUUUCGAAGUUGUCUUAGCGCUGAAUCUCUUGAAACACUUGUUUGCAACCAAGAUUGGCUCUUGGCAAGACGUCGAGCUCAAGACUCAACG